UGCGCAACCAUGAAGGAAUGCACAGUAUCUCUAACAGGACACGAUGUGAAUUAUAUUUGGGUUUCUCUGAUAUAUCACACAAAUCAAUUGAACUGAUCGAUGAUAAUGUUGCAUACACUGGUGCUCUAGCUCAAAGCGCGCGUCCGGGGAACAGAUCAUUUCAUGGAUUUGCGUGCAGCGGCGAGAGAGAGGAAGACUGAGAGCUAGCGACGUGCUUGUGUAUUGUCACUGGAAGAAACAGCGGCAAAGAGCAGUGCAGAUCGACGAUUAUUCCCAUUGCAGACACCGGCAGUGGCAGAGUAAUCAACCCAUGCGAAACAUUGGGAGAAUACGUUAGUUGCCCGGCUAUGGUGGUGGGUCGGCUUGCAUGGAGGUCUUGCUUGACUUGUGCUACUGGGCCAUUGGACGUUCUUUGGGAAGAAACACUGAAUACUUUCAAUGGGCAGUCUCUUCCUUCAUUGGAGACAGAAGACCAUAGCUGUGCUGGGGGAAACGGGGGAAAAUCUAGGCUGAUAAUCACAGCCCUCCAGCGGGUACAGACCUAGACAGAGGAGGCUGACUGUGUGGAUCCCGAAGCCAGACAGGGUGCACUCCUCUGGGGGAUGGAAGCAGCAGGAUUCCCCUGUGAGUGCCACAGAUCUCCAUGGUGUGAUUGUGUAGAAGAAGAAGAAUAGCCCUGCUGUUAUCUCAUCCCUCCUUUCCUCUCUUCAUCGCUCUCUCCCCCUCUCCUGCUCAUUGAGGAUGAGAGUGAGGUGGGACUACACGUCACCUGCAGUGGCGUACUCGCACAGAGAGAGGGUCAUGUUUAGGUCACUCUUCCUCUUGCUUCUCUUCCUCUCAUCCCUCUGCUCCACUUGUCUGUCCAUCCAUGCGGAGACAGCAGAGAGCCACAGUACGUUUACCUGUGAGCCAGUAGGACUGCGGAUGUGCCAGGACCUGCCUUACAACGCCACCUUCAUGCCCAACCUCCUCAACCACUACGACCAGCAGACGGCCGCACUCGCCAUGGAGCCCUUCCACCCCAUGGUGAACCUGCAGUGUUCGGAGGACCUGAGGAUGUUCCUGUGUGCCCUCUACGCUCCAGUCUGUAUGGAGUAUGGCCGGGUGUCCAUGCCCUGCCGAGCCCUGUGCCACCGCGCCAAGAGAGACUGCCACAAACUCAUGGAGAUGUUUGGGGUGACCUGGCCAGACGAGACAGAGUGUAGCAGGUUCCCAGACUGUGACGAGCCCUACCCUCGUGCGGUGGACCUCCAGACCAGUGCAAAUCCCACCGAUAUCUCUCCCAUGUCUGUCCAGAGGGAUUUUGGCUUCUGGUGCCCCCGGAAGCUCAAAAUGGAACCCGACCUGGGCUACUCGUUCCUGGGCGUGAGGGAGUGCUCACCCCCCUGCCCCAACAUGUACUUCCAGCGCCCGGAGCUCACCUUCGCCCGCUACUUCAUUGGCGUGGUCUCCAUCGUCUGUCUCUCGGCGACACUCUUCACCUUCCUCACCUUCCUCAUCGACGUCACGAGGUUCCGCUACCCGGAGCGGCCAAUCAUCUUCUACGCCGCUUGCUACAUGAUGGUGUCGCUUGUGUUCUUCCUGGGCUUCCUAUUGGAGGACAGGGUGGCUUGCAACCCGGCAAGCCCCACCCAGUACCGGGCGGCCACCAUCACACAGGGCUCCCACAACAAGGCGUGCACGCUGCUGUUCAUGGUGCUCUACUUCUUCACUAUGGCGGGCAGUGUGUGGUGGGUUAUCCUCACCAUCACCUGGUUCCUGGCGGCCGUGCCCAAGUGGGGCAGCGAGGCCAUCGAGAAGAAGGCCCUUCUCUUUCACGCCUGUGCCUGGGGCCUGCCCGGCUGCCUCACCGUGGCCCUGCUGGCCCUCAACAAGAUCGAGGGCGAUGGCGUGAGUGGUGUGUGCUUCGUGGGCCUCUACGAUGUCAUGGCGCUGCGCUGGUUCCUGCUGGCACCGCUCUGCCUCAACGUGGCGGUGGGUGUGUCUCUGCUUCUGACGGGGAUCGUGGCGCUGAACCGUGUACGUAUGGAGAUCCCUCUGGAGAAGGAGAACCAGGACAAGCUGGUGAAGUUUAUGAUCCGUAUCGGGGUGUUCUCUGUGCUUUACCUGGUGCCCCUGCUUACGGUCAUCUCCUGCUACCUGUAUGAACACAGCUACAGGUCUGUCUGGGAGACCACCUGGGUACAGGAGCACUGCAGAGACUACCACAUACCCUGUCCCUUCCAGGUUGAGCAGACCAGUCGUCCAGACCUGGCCCUGUUCCUCAUUAAGUACCUGAUGAUGCUGGUGGUGGGGAUUCCCUCAGUUUUCUGGGUGGGCAGCAAGAAGACCUGCUUCGAAUGGGCCAGCUUCCUACACAGACGCAGAAACAAAGAUAGUGGGGUGAAUGAGAGCAGACAGGUGCUCCAGGAGCCAGACUUUGCCCAGUCUCUACUGAGGAACCCCCACACCCCCAUCAUCAGGAAAUCACGGGGAACCUCCACCCAGGGCACCUCCACCCACGCCUCCUCCACUCACCUGGCCAUCCUGGACGAGCCUGACGACCCCAGACACACCCCUGAUGACCGCAGACCAAUCCACUCACUGAGCCACGCCUCCUCCACUCACCUGGCUAUCCUGGACGAGCCUGACGACCCCAGACACGCCCCUGAUGAACGCAGACCAAUCCACUCACUGGGCCACGCCUCCUCCACCCGCAGCAAGGCUGGCAGUGUGCACAGCAAGACCAGUUACCAUGGCAGUCUACAUUGCUCCCGAGACGGACGCUACACCCCCUGUAGUUACCGAGGCGGCGAGGAGCGCACUCUACCCCCCCACGGCAGCACGCCCCGCCACGACCACCUGCUGUCCACUCACAGCAGCCUCCACGGACUAGAUGCCCAAUCACAGCACAGCAGCCAGUGUGAUCUCUCCGUGGCCCCACCCACCCUUAUCACCCACGGGACGAGCUUCGGCCGCGUCACUAAUAAUGGUGACAAUGGAGCCAGCGCCUGACCGGAAACAGGAAAUGAUGUCAUCACUGCUGAACAGGAAGUUGUCAGUUGUCCCGCUCCCCACCUUUGACAUACACACAGGUCGCUCCCAUUCAGGAGGAAUGUGUGAGAGAGGAAGUGGGGCCUUCAGUUUGACUGACAGAUGGAUCACUCCUGGACAGCUUUUCACAGAGGUUGCUAAGUAGCGAGAUGCUAACCGUCAAUCAGUCAGUUGGACUUGGAUUGGACUCUAUGGAGGGAAUGGCUUCAUGGCCAGAAAGCCAGCCCACUCUGAAUGAGGGGGGUUGUGUGUGUACUCUGAUACACACCAACAGACGCAGAGAUGAGCUGAUAAGGUCUACUUUACAUUUACAUUUAAGUCAUUUAGCAGACGCUCUUAUCCAGAGCGACUUACAAGUACAUACAUUCAUACUUUUUUUGUACUGGCCCCCCGUGGGAAACGAACCCACAACCCUGGCGUUGCAAGCGCCAUGCUCUACCAACUGAGCCACACGGGGCCACUCUGUGUGUGUUACGGUGCUCUUUUGCUGUGGUUGUGAAACAAGACUAUUAUAAUUUUUAUACUGUCAAGAUUGGCUGUGAGUACUGCUGAACAUAUGAGCGUGUGUGUACUUGUAGUGCAGUACGUUAAACGGCACUAUACUCCCACCUGGUGGAGAGAAACUAUAGAAGCUAGGAGAGAUCACUGCCUAGGCCCGACUUCCUAGGCACUCCUGUAGGUCAGUAAGGAUGAAUAGGGUUCAAUAAUAAGGUCAUUCCUUAAACUUGUCUUAUGAUAUGAUAGGUGAAAUUGUUUUGGGGCUGUAUUGCUUCAGGAGUGCGUAGGGAAUAGUUGCUAGGGAUCGAUUUGUGAUUCACAAAGUUAGGGAAAAAUAGGGAAGGACGGAUGGAGGUUGGAGUAGUGCUCAUUUUGCUGCUGCUUCCGAGCUAAGCAGAGGAAUGUGGGGGACUUUUUAAAGGGGAUGGGAGGGGGGGGUGUAUCCGAAGUCUUUGCUAUUGACAAGCGCUGUGUGAAGCAACAGACGAUCUGUACCCCUAACACUGGAAGAAAGGACUACUGGAAGAAUACACUGGGGAGGAGGAGGAAUACACUGGGAGGAGGAAUACACUGGGGAGGAGCAGGAAUACACUGGGGAGGAGGAGGAAUACACUGGGGAGGAGGAGGAAUACACUGGGGAGGAGGAGGAAUACACUGGGGAGGAGGAGGAAUACACUGGGGAGGAGCAGGAAUAUACUGGGGGAGGAGGAGGAAUACACUGGGGAGGGGGAGGAAUACACUGGGGAGGGGGAGGAAUACACUGGGGAGGGGGAAAAAAGGAAAAUUGAUAAUAUGGGAAAGAUUGUGCUUGUGUUUACUUGUGUUUCUCCUGUCUUUCUGUCUUUCUGUAUCCCUCUCUCACUCACACACAUAAAACUGCAGUAGUCUUCUCCAUUAUGGUCAUCAGGGGAUUUUCUCACAACCCCUCAAAAUCUCUCAGCCUAGCUCACCCCUACCCACAGCCUUACCUGUGAACAAACACACACGCAAACCUACACACACACACACACACACACACACACACACACACACACACACACACACACACACACACACACACACACACACACACACACACACACACACACACACACUCCAAUGUACACUAAACCCUCCCUUGCCUUUAACCCAGCCUACCUCAUCAGUCCAGAGGUACCUUAAACCAUGCCUGUCACUCAUCAGUCACCUCAGACUGCUGCUGCUGCUAUUGUGUGUCUUUGUAAUACAAUGCUGCUCCUGUGUGUGUGUGUGCGUGUGCGUGUGUGUGUGUCAGGACACUGUCAAUCUCUGGAGUUCUUCUUUGGUGUUUUUCCACCUGAUGCCUAACACUUUACCCAUGGUGCUUCACCACACUGAGUUGCACCUCAAAGACGUGUCCACUGGGCACCUCAAGAUGCAACACGUUCUUCUCUCUGUCUGUGUCUGCCUGUCUGUCUGUAGUGUGUUCCUGAGCAAAGUAGCAUAUUUUUGCAUGUCAAACACCCAAAUAUCCUUGUUCCGUGCCCACUUGUGUGAUUGACUGUGCUUUUCCCAGUUGCCUCCUCACUCUCACUCAUUCCCCUUCAGUCUCCAAAGCUCUCCUGCCUGCUGUCAUGGUAGAAGUUGCCCUUACCCACAAUCAUAACCUAAACCCUGGUCCUCGAGUGUCCAGAUAUUGCAUGGUUUAGUUCCAACCAAGCACCUCAAUUGUCUGACUACUGGUCUGGUCACCUCACGGAAUGUUGAGGGAUUCAUUGAUCAAUAUCAAUGAUUGGCUACAUUUAACCUACAUGUCCAAAGCAAAUAAUCAAUUCCUUUUCAAUUCCAGCAAAUUCAGAAAGUAAACAAAAUUUCAAUUCCAAAUUGAAAAUCAUGACAGAGAAUUGGAAUUUCUGUGUUCUUCCUGAAUUGACAGGAAUUGACCCCAACCCUGAUUCCAAGACCAGGAUUUGCUACACGGAAUGAGGGACUAUUUGUUCUACCUAAUCCUCUUGCUGUAAGUCUAUGUCUGUUCUCUCUGUACACAUCACAGCUUUCCUAAAAAAAUAAAAAAUAAAGAUUGAGCACUUUAACUCUAUGGCUAGCUCUGUCCGAAUGUGUGUAGAUGUCAAGUUGAGUUGUAGAGUUAUGCAAAAAUUCCAAUAAAGUUUUUGUAUGAAACGUG